AUGGCUGGUACGAGGAAGGCCGAAAGAAUACAGCACAGCACCAGCUGCUUACCGACAGCAGUGGAAGCAGCUGAGACCAUAGGUCUCAAAGCGCUCAUCUUUGACUGCGACGGGGUCAUCCUUUUGUCAGAAGAUCUGCAUAGGGUAGCCUACAAUGCGGCAUUUGAGCACUUUCAGAUCAAAUGCAAUGGGCAAGAAUCAAUCGCAAAUUGGUCCGAGGAGUUUUAUGACAAACUGCAAAAUAGCAUUGGCGGCGGGAAGCCCAAGAUGAGGUGGUUCUUUGGUGAGUACGGCUGGCCAAUAUCCACAGUGCUGCAACGGAUACCGGAGACAGAUGAGGAGAAGGCGCAGCUUAUAGACACCCUGCAGGACUGGAAGACGGACAAGUACCAGCAGAUUGUCUCGAGUGGGGAGGUGCCGGCGCGAGAGGGCGUGCUGCGGCUGAUGGAUGAGGCACGCGCUGAGGGGCUGCUGGUCGGCGUCUGCUCUGCCGCCACCAAGUCAUCUGCCAUAUGCGUCCUGGAAUCCCUGCUCGGAAAAGAGCGCUUCCAGAGCUUGGAUGUGUUCAUGGCGGGGGAUGACGUGGAGAAGAAGAAGCCUGACCCAUCAAUUUACCGCAUUGCAGCGCAGCGAUUGGGUGUGGACCCCAGCGAAUGCCUAGUGGUUGAGGACAGCACCAUCGGCCUCAAGGCGGCCCUGGGCGCAGGCAUGCGCUGCAUAAUCACCUACACCAGCUCCACAAGGGACCAGGAUUUUGAUGGCGCAGAGCGCAUCUUGGAGGGUCUUGCAGAUAAAGCCACGCUCGCAGUGCUGUCUCGGGGCGGCCCUAUCUUUGAUGACCGCAUUGCAGUUGUGGCUCCUGCAUGA